UAAAUGUCAUUCUAAUCUCUGCAUUCUCUAAUCUUCCUAUCUUAAUUCAUCACGUGGAAGGGAAUACUUUUAUAUGGGGCUCCAGGUUCUGGAAAGACAAUGAUUGGUAAAGCUUUAGCUGGACAAAAUCCUGAUGUAUCUUACCUCAGAAUAGUUUGUUCAGAUUUAGUCUCUAAAUUCUUGGAACACCAAGAAAAAUUAAUUAAACAAUUAUUUAGAAAGGCUCAAGGGUUGAAACCAUGCAUUGUUUUCAUAGAAGAUUUUGAUUGUUUAUUUAAUGAAGAUGAAUUAGUGAUAAAUCGUAUAGUUCUGACAGAACUCAUGGUUCAUAUACAAGGGAUUGGUCUCGAUAAUGAAGGCAUUCAUGUUGUACUUAGUGCUAGAACACCUUGGACCAUUCAAAGGAGUGUUUUAAGGAGAUUAAAUAAAAGAGUGCUUGUGCCAUUGCCUGAUGAGGAAGCUAGAAGACAGAUUUUUAUUAAAAAUGUAAAGCCUCUUAAAAAUGAUGUAAAGGCUGAGGACUACCUGACAUUCGCUAAUAAAACAGAUGGAUAUACGGGUGCAGAUAUUUGUAUUAUAGUAAGAGAUGCUGCAAUGGCACCUGUACGCAAAAUUCAAAAUGCUUCACACUUCAAAAAGGUACAAGGACAAAGUUUGACUGAUCCUGAUGUUGUAGUAGAUGACCUUUUGACACCCUGUGCCUCACAAGACUCCAUGGCUAUAGAAAUGUCCUGGUUAGAUGUACCAGAAGACAAAUUGUCAGAACCUACUGUAACAACUGAUGAUAUUUUGAAAUCUUUGAAUGCAAGUAAACCAUCAAUAGAUGAAGAAUAUCUGCAGAAAUUGAAUGACUUUGUACAGACAUGGGAGUGAAUUGUCUUAAUAAAUAAGUUAUCAAUUUGUGCAUUGAUACUCAUUAAGAGUCAAUUCACUAAGCAAUACUUCUACCCAAGGAAGGUAGACAAUUCACAUGUGUAGCAAGUCCAUGAAAUCAUUUCAUUGAACCUCCCCAAGAAGGGUGUAUUGUUUCAAGAAGUAAAUCUCACCAGACAAAUGUAACAAGGUCAUUAUUUUUUCUUAUUAUCCUCAGUUUAAUAUUAUUGUUACUUUUAGAACAAAAAAAUGUUUGUUUUUUUUUUCAUUUAAACCAACCCUAUAACAUGUAUAAUCACAGGUUUCCAAAGGAAGCACAAUUAACUAAAAAGCCUACCAAUUUAAGUUAUUGAUUUGUUAGGUACAGUAAAAUAUGUCCUCAGCAAAUAACAUGUUUAUUAAAAUUGUAUUGCUAUAGAAAGAAUGUUUAAAUGAAUUCAAACUUUAAACUGGAACACUUUUUUGUUUUAUGUCUACUUCCUUUUAUAUAAUAGAACUUUAUAGUCAAUCUUGAAAUAUGUCAAAUGACAUUCUAUGAAGAGAUUAUAUUCACCAUUAUUCAUGCAAUAACGUUUUUAUUAUAUAGCAAAGCUUGAAAAACUGUUUAAAACAAAUUAUUAUUACUGAUACCAUUAAUGAUAAUUUGAUUAAAAAUUGAAAUAGUGCAAUCUUACAGAAUAUUACACACUAACUGUUUGUUUCGUUCUGUGGGAAAUAUUAUGCUACUAUACAAUAAUAACACUUUUACACAUCUCCCUUUUCUAUUUUUUUCAAUUUUAUUAUAUUUGAUUUGGUCUUACUUGAAGUAUGACAAAUACAGCGGUCACUUCUUAUGUGCUCCCUUCUGCAGAAAAAAAUGCCUUUUAUAUAAUGGAUGCCUUCAGUAGAGGAGUUGAACAACACAUACAUUUUCUUUGUGAUGACAAAAACUUUAAAUGCUGCAUGAAUGUGGCAAAAAUUAAAAAAUUAUAAAAAAAAAAUAACACCAUUAAUAAAUUUACCCCCGGUAUACCACAAUAAACUGAAACCUUAAGUUAUCAUC